CCGCCGCUGGGGAAAUAGAAACCGAAGCGCCGCGCGGUGCCUCGCCUUUCUCCUUCCCCCGGCGCGGAACUGAAGCGCUGCGGUGCUUGCGCCCCGCCGGGAGCCCGCGCGCGAGGAUGGCGGUGGCGUCGGGGCGAGGCGGCCUGGGCCGGCUACUGAGGAAAAGUGUGGACAGGCUACCUUGCCCAGUAUGGUUUCGUCCUCUGUUUACCAGAUCAAGAAUUCCAGACUCGGUAUUUCAGCCACGACCUGGAGAUCAUGAAAAGUACGGAGGUGACCCUGAGCAGCCACACAAAAUCCACAUUGUUACUAGAAUAAAAAGCGUAGUUGGCCGCCCAUACUGGGAAAAGAAGAUAAUACAUGAUCUUGGACUAGAUAAAGCACAUCAGCCAAGACUGCACAAAAACAUCCCUUCUGUGAAUUCCAAACUAAAAGUUGUUAAACAUUUGAUAAGAAUACAGCCACUGAAGCUACCUCAUGGGUUGCCAACUGAAGAAGAAAUGUCAGACACCUUUCUCACGAGCAAAGGAGAGCUUGUAAUUAAACAGCGUCUGAAACCUGUGGAACAGAAAGAAAUUAAGUCAUGAGGUUUACUGGCUGGACUUAUAUUUUAUAAAAUAAAUAAUUUAACUCCUAAAUUAGAACUCCUGAAUUGUAUAUAUGAACUGUUACCUUAAUUCUUAGCCUGACUGUUAAAAAUGGCAAUGGUGACCCUGAUGCUCAAAAAGAUUGUAGAAAAAUUACUUGCAUACAAAUAUAAAAUUUAGUGUUGCUAAUGUUUUCCUGGAAAAUUAAAUGAAUGAUAGGCUUUUUUUUCCUGGUUAGUGCAUUCCUCAGUUAACAGUAAAGGUUUAGAAUGAAGGUGCAUGAUUUCACCUUUUCUGCUCUAAGAAAAGAUUGAAGAGCACUCUGUUUACCAAUUCCAAAAGAAUUGACUGGCCAUCCAACUGAGAGGAUCAUCGAUGGAGGCAGUCAUGGAGUCAACAGUCAUCUUGUCUCCUUCAUAGCCUAAGAGGCUCUAUCUGAACUCCAUUUGGCAGCAACAGAAGCUGAGAUUCAAAUCUUGGUAGGUUAUAUAAUUUGUCUUUUGGGAAAUGUGUUCUCUUACUGUAUACAUAUUUCUUGGUUCUACAGGUAAUGAUAGCCUAAGAUCUUUAGUCUAUGUGAAAGUUAAUGCUCUUUCUGUGCUUACAUUGUGGACUUCAGAAAUAUGGAGACCCUGAAGCAUUGUUUGUUUGUUUUAAGUUAGUAAUUAUGAGCCCUGAACUUAGAAAGUACUGCUUUCCACUGAAGGAUCUUGAAUAGUAGUGUGCAGUGAUUUUGAGAAUAUCUCUAUUUACAAUUUAACAAUUGUGGUCAAAAUCAGAAAGCUGCUGCUGUUAUCAAAUGAUAAAGUAGUUUUCAUUCCAGUGAGUGUAAAGUCUGUAGUUUACCAAGCUGUGAGCCUCUCCCACACUAGACAAAUUGUAGAGGAGUUGAUCUUAAUGACUGUAUGUUGUGAGAAGAUCAGAGGGAUACAGGCUGGAAAUGCAAGUUUAUCCUGUCUGCUUGCUCGCAGGGAGUAAACACUAGUAGGAGUUCACAGAAAUAGACAUAUCAGCAGAGGGACAUAAAAUGUUAGAGGUACUCUGUGCAGGAGAAGAGAAGAGUACUGAUAUUGAAGAGUUUAGUGGGUCCUACAGACAGGCCAAAGGCAGAAGUGCAAAGUUGAGCUGAAAAAUCUCAAUUUCUCAAUGUAUUGCAGGCUGUAUUUGGAAGGACAUAGAAAAUACUGACUCCAGCUGAAAGGAUAUAGAGUUGCAAGAUAAAAAUGAGGCAGUUGAAUGUUGUUUUCCACUACUACCCAGAUACUUGCAUAGCAUCUUGCACUGCAGUGUGUUACAACUCUGCACUGUCUGUUGUGUGGCAUUUGUGGUGUCAUGCUCUCAAUGGGAGUUGCUUAGUAAAUCUGAAGGUUCAGCUCUUCUGAAGGAACUGUGGAGUGCAUCCAAGGUACUGGGCGUGUUUAAAGGAGAUGGCACAAGUACUAGGACCAAGGAAAUUAUGUAAGUGGGUGCUGAGGGACAGCAAAUGCAAAAUUGUACCAGGAGUGGCUGCAUGCGAUGCCCAAGCCAGGAUUUUUUAGGGUUUGUUUCACUGUCGCUGCAGCCUGGUGAAUCUCCAACAGAGGGAGCGCUGCCAGUUUGGUCAUAGGCAGUACAUGUACAAAUAAAGGAUCUUAAACCCUAUGGAUGCCACAAGCUACCAAAGUACUGCAGUGUGAACUGAAAAGUGUAAUUAAUGAACAAAAAAUUAGGAGGAUGCUUGCUUGGUACUAUGCAAAAUUUAAAAUAUGUGAUUAAACUAUCUGGUUAGAGUUAAUUGUUGCCUCCUAAGUACAGAGAAUGGAAAGUGCUUUAGAUGGUGUCUGUAUUUCUGGGUAAAAUUUAGCUACAAGAGACAUCUACUACUGUCUAUCAUUGACAAGGUGGCAGUUUUCAUGAAAAAUGAAAACUAUAUAGCUAAAUCAGCCCAAGGGAUCAGAGGCUGUCUCCCAAAAUGCUUUAAAAUAUGAUAUGUUAAAAGAAUGUUUAUUAUGCAUGAACUUGCAUCAGAUUUUGUAAACUUCAUGUGAUUUUUGAAAACAUGAUGGAUUUGUAGAUAUUCCUAUCCCAAAUCUUGAAUCUACAUGAAUAUAUACCUUCAGUAAAAGUAUUCAUUACAACAACUUGAUUUUGAACAGGUUGUUUGCAACCAUAAAGGCUAAAAUGAAGUAUAUUAAUUGAAUUAUUUUUAAAGAGUAAUUUAGUAUUUUCUCUCUUGUCAUGGGAAACAGCUACUUUAGGGUCACGUUUCCAGAGUUAAUAGUGAUUAAAGUAAAUGAUGAUAUAAUACAAGGCACUCUUUGAAGAAUAAACUUGUAAAAUAUUUAUUGCAAAUAAUCAGCUACUUCAGCAUUACCAAAAUACAGGCCUAAUAAGUGAAUAUAUUAAAAAUUUUGUACCACUACUAAACACAUGUAUUUAUAGAUAGAAUCUAAGAGAGGACUUGUUAAGCAAUGUUAUGACUCUUUCUUGCAGCAUUAAUCUCCUGCUUGAGAAACUGAAAACACAAAUGAUAGCUCUGCUUGAAUUUUCUCACAAAGUGAGAUGAAAAAUAAAUGGCAAACAAUAAGUUAGAGUUUGGAUUAUUAGUGAUACUAUCUUUUAAAGUGAUUUUUUAAGUCUCAGCUGAGAAAAUCAUUGAAAGCUUGUGCUUGUUUUUGGCUUCAUUCCCUCCCCGCAUCUCAAUGUUUUUUUGGGGGAGAAUCCAGAGUAUUUUUUUGAAAGCAAAGUAUCCAAGCAGUGACUCAAAUCGAAUCAAUACUCGAGUAUCUUUCUUGGUAUCCAUUUUUCUCACAAAAUUGGGCUCUUGUGACCACAUCAUUGGCAUAAUCAUUCUUUGUUGUGCCAAUAUCCAUUCUGUUAUAGCUGUGGACAUUCUUAACUCCUGCAUUAUAGGCUGAAAUCCCACCUGAAAUGAAAAUGAAAGAAACACAUAAAUAAAGAUGAUAAUUCUUCAGUAAAUAAAAGACCAAACACAA